GGUCCAAUCGGCGGAAGCAGCGGAAGCCUUGGAACAGCCGAAACCCGUGCCCGCGGGUGGCGGCGGCGCCUUCGAGAUCGUCUCGGCGUUCGAGCCCGCGGGCGACCAGCCCGAGGCGAUCGCGGAGCUGAUCGCGGGCUACGCGAAGGUGAGCGCGACCAGGUAUUGCUGGGGGUCACCGGGUCGGGCAAGACCUUCACCAUGACCCAUGUGAUCCGGGCAUUGGGCCGGCCCACGCUGAUCCUUGCGCACAACAAGACACUCGCCGCCCAGCUCUACGGCGAGAUGAGGGAGUUUCUGCCGAACAACUCCGUCGAAUAUUUCGUGUCCUACUACGAUUACUAUCAGCCUGAGGCGUACGUUCCCCGCUCGGACACCUAUAUCGAGAAGGACGCCUCCAUCAACGAACAUAUCGACCGCAUGCGCCACAGCGCGACACGGGCGUUGCUCGAGCGCGAGGACGUGGUGAUCGUGGCCUCGGUCUCGUGCAUCUACGGCAUCGGCGCGGUCGAGACCUAUUCCUCGAUGGCGGUCUCGCUGGCGCUGGAGGGGCGUGUCGACCAGCGGGCGCUCAUCCGCAAGCUGAUCGACCUGCAGUACCGCCGCACCAGCCAGUCGCUGGAGCGCGGCAGCUUCCGCGUGCGCGGCGACGUGAUCGAGAUCUUCCCGGCGCAUUCCGAGGAUCGCGCCUGGAGAAUCUCGCUCUUUGGCGACGAGAUCGAGGAGAUCAUCGAGUUCGAUCCGCUCACCGGCGCCAAGACAGACAAGCUCGUGCGCGUGCGGAUUUACCCCAACAGCCAUUACGUCACGCCGCGCCCGACCGUGCGCCAGGCGAUCAAGCAGGUCAGGAUCGAGCUCGCCCAGCGGCUGGAGGAAUUCAAUGCGCAGGGCCAGCUGCUGGAGGCCCAGCGGCUGGAGCAGCGCACCCUCUUCGACCUGGAGAUGAUGGAGGCCACCGGCAGCUGCGCCGGGAUCGAGAACUACUCGCGCUAUCUGACCGGCCGCAAUCCCGGCGAGCCGCCGCCGACCCUCUUCGAGUAUCUGCCGGAGAACGCGCUCCUGAUCGUCGACGAAUCCCACGUCACCGUGCCCCAGUUGGGCGGCAUGUUCCGCGGCGACUUCAAGCGCAAGUCGACGCUCGCCGAGUUCGGCUUCCGCCUGCCGUCCUGCGUCGACAACCGGCCGCUCAAGUUCGAGGAAUGGGAUGCCAUGCGGCCGGAGACCAUCUUCGUCUCGGCGACGCCGGGGCCGUGGGAGCUGGAGCGCACCGGCGGGGCCUUCGUCGAGCAGGUCAUCCGCCCGACGGGGUUGAUCGAUCCCAUCUGCGUGGUCCGUCCGGUGGAGCAACAGGUCGACGACCUGAUCGCAGAGUGCAAGGACUGCGCCGCCCGGGGGCUCAGGGUACUUGUCACGACGCUCACCAAGCGCAUGGCCGAGGACCUGACCGAAUACCUCCACGAAGCGGGCGUCCGCGUGCGCUACCUGCACUCCGACAUCGAUACCAUCGAGCGCAUCGAGAUUAUCCGCGAUCUGCGCCUCGGCGCCUUCGACGUGCUGGUCGGCAUCAACCUCCUGCGCGAGGGGCUCGACAUCCCGGAAUGCGGGCUGGUUGCGAUCCUGGACGCCGACAAGGAGGGUUUCCUGCGUUCCCAGACCUCGCUGAUCCAGACCAUCGGCCGCGCCGCGCGCAACAUCGAUGGGCGGGUGAUCCUCUAUGCCGACCACAUGACCAACUCGCUCAGCAACGCGCUGGCGGAGACGGAGCGCCGGCGAAGCCGCCAGCAGGCCUACAACGUCGCCAACGGCAUCACGCCGGAGAGCGUGCGAAAGUCGAUCACCGACAUUCUGGAGAGCGUGUACGGCGGCGAUCACGUCACCGUCGAGACCGGCGACGAGGCGGCCCCGCACCUCAUCGGGCACAAUCUGGAGGCCCAUCUCAAGGACCUGGAAACGCGGAUGAAGGCGGCGGCCGCCGAUCUGGAGUUCGAGGAGGCGGCGCGGCUUCGGGACGAAAUCCGCCGGCUCAACGACAAGGACCUCGAGCUGAAGGGUGCCAGGCGCGGAGGCGGCGCGGGAGACACCGGAAGCCGGGGGCGGAGCAGCAAGGGCGCGCCCGGCACCUCGGCCCGAAAGCGCAGCAAGGCCAAAGGCAAGGGCAAAGGCGCCCGCCGCCGCAGCGCAUUCGGCUGA